GCGGAGAGCCAACGCAGAUCGGCCCAAAUCGCGGCUUUGACCCGCCAGGUGGAGGCAGCCCGUUAUGAGCUAGCGCAGCUCCGGCGGCCUUCCGCAGCAGCGGCCAUUGCGCUCACGCAGCAGGCACAGCAGCUGAUCACGGCCUUCCAGCCUGAACUCGGCACCAUCAAGGCAAAACUAGCGCACACGGCUCACGUUGCCAAUGAGCUCCACUCCUGGUUCAUGACGCACCGAGACAAAAUGUCUAUAGAGGAUCCCAGCCGCUCGCCAUCGGCGCAGUUGCAUCACAGGUUGCAGUCAUCGGAGAUUCUCAUAGAUGGCUUCCGCAGCGUCGCAGAGCGACUUGAGGGUGUGCUAGAAGCGGCCCUCAAG